AUGAUUGAGGGUGGAUAUGGCGGUGGAGGUUAUGCAUCCAAUUAUUUUGGUAAUGAUGAAUUUUAUGGCUCGGGUUCCGGUGGUGGUCAAACCGCUGUCAAAUUUGAAGUGAAUGAUCUUUGGCACCGAGUUAUUGUGAGCGGUGCUGGAGGUGGCUGUGAUGAUAAUUUUGGAACGUUUAACAGUGAUAAUGACGGAUCUGGAGGUGCAGGAGGUAUUAUUGGUCAAGGAUGGUUUUUAAGUGGUGUAUAUAAUUUUAGUUAUUUAGCAAAUUCUACAUCAGGAUUCAGUUUUGGUUAUGGCGAAUCAGCUCAAAAACUUAAAUCUUUGAAUCCAAAAGGAGUUCAGACCUGUAGCGGUGACAGUGAUCGAGCAGGAGCUGGUUCUGGAUGGUUUGGUGGUUUUGAAAGCCACAAUGGACAAAGUGGUUCAGGAGGAGGAAGUUCAUGGGUUUUAUCUAAAGAUGCUAUUAUUCCUCAAGGAAAGAUUGAAGCAUUUGAUUCAUUCUACCAAAGCAUUGGAAAAUAUGAAUAUGCAUUUACAAAUUCAGAUUAUCUUUUUGAUCAUAUUUUCCAUACCUCCGGUGUUUGGGAAGGCAAUGGUAAACUUAUUAUCACUAUCCUCAACCACUGUAUUUUUAAUACAAAAUUCCUUUGUUAUCGACUCCAUAUUUUUAAUUUAUUUUUAUUUUCCAUUUCAAUCUACGAAAGUUAA